AUGGUGAUGCAACGACGGGCUGGUUCGGUCGGUGUAGACGGGCUUGGCCGUGGAUGCCGGAGGAGACGUACUCGGCCGUGGACGGCGGAUGAGAUGGGCUCGGCUAGUGGUUUGCGGCGAAGGAAGGUGAUGGCAGUGAGCAAGCCUGGAGAAGCCAAGCUCCUUGAGGCGAUGUGGAUGAUGCUACAGCAGGAGAGCCCCGACGACUACGUGGUGGCGACGAAGUGGCGUUUGGCUGCAACAGCUCAACAAAGAAACACCAACAUGAGCAUAGGCUCUUUUCUAUCACCCAUUAGCAAUUCAUCCUUGGUCUCACUUUCUGGCCGCUUGGAUUUUGGAUUCUACCCAAAAGACAAUGGCUUUGCUAUAGGCAUCUGGUUUGCUGAAAUUCCCCCAAAAACAGUUGUAUGGACAGCAAACCGAGAUGAUCCACCAAUCUCCACCAAUGCUACAUUAACCUUGACUCUUGAUGGUAAGCUCAUCUUGCAACAAUUGCUAGGUGGAGGCCAACCCUUUGUCAAUGCUUCACAGUCUGUUGCAUCAACUUCCAUACUUGAUUCAGGCAACUUUGUCCUCUAUAAUUCUGAUUCAAAGAUCAUCUGGCAAAGCUUUGAUUAUCCAACAAACACACUUUUACCAGGACAGCUCCUACCAGCUAGGGAUGAACUGGUUUCUGGUGUCUCGAAGACUGAUCACUCUAUUGGGAACUACAGGGUAAAGAUGCAGUAUGAUGGGAACCUUGUUAUGUAUCCUGUAGGUUUGCCAGAUGGACCUGAAGCUGUUUAUUGGGCAGGAGAUACAUACUUUGCAGGAGACAAUGCAACAUUAACUCUUGAUGGAAAUGGCCUUCUGUAUGUGUUUGAUAAGACAGGUACCAACAUAAAGAACAUAACCAAUGGUGGGAACUUAUCCAUGGGGAAGAUAUUCCGUUCAACGAUGGAUGCAGAUGGGUUAUGGAGGUUAUAUUCUUAUAGCUUGAAUCUGAAUAGUAAUUGGACAAUUGAGUGGUCUGCACCAGAUGAUAGGUGUGAUAUUAAAGGCAUGUGCGGCAUCAAUGGGUUUUGUGUUCUCAUGGAUCAAGAGCCUUCUUGCACUUGUCCUCCUGGUUUUAUUUACAUUAAUCAAGGGCAAAAGAAUUUGGGUUGCAACCAGAAUUUCAGCACAGAGAGUUAUGUUUUCAAGAAUGGAAACAUAAAUUAUACCAUAUAUGAAUUGGAUAAUGCCAUUUAG